GGCCCAUCCAACCUACCGGCUACAUCCCAUUGAAGGUAAUAAUUGAAGUUUAUGUACGGAAUACUGCUAGCCAACCUUAAAACAGGCAGCUUUUGAAUAGACCAAUAUACAUGAGCCUCAGUACAACCAGUACAAACCACAAUAAGAUUGUUAAUUCACAGCUACCUACCCAAGUUAACAUAACAAUCUCAGCAGCAGCAGUUAAAACAACUGCCGACGUUAAUUGCUAAAAUCAAACCCAAAGAGAAAAAGAAGAGGAAAAAAAAGAAAUACGAAAGACAAUGGCUACUCGUCGUAUCGUUUCCACACAGAAAACCAUCCUCGACAAAGAUGACGACAGUACCCCCGGGCAGGAACAAUCGAGCAGCACCGCGCCAGCCGUUCCAAUCGACGUAAUUAUCAAAUUGCUAGCCUUCACCUUCGCCAUGGUAGUCAUACCAAUUGGGUCUUACUUCUUAACAGUGAACACCAUCUUCAAAGGGAACUCCACGUACGCGGGAGCCCUUGCAGCUAUCAUGGCAAACGUUGUCCUUGUAGGCUACGUGAUUGUAGCCAUGAAUGAAGACCAGUCAGAACAGCUGGCCGCGAAGAAGAAGGAGGGGAAGAAGGAUUAAUCAAAGAUAUCCAAGAACUUUACUUCAAGAUAUCUCUAGUUAUAUGGGAAGUUGUUCUCACUAUGGGUUGCUAUAUUCGGGGGGCUAGACUUAUUAACUAGAUGUGUAAACACGCUAGGAAAGUAACGGCGGUCUAUGUCUUUCCCAAAACCAUAUCUCAGCCCGGAAAAAUCGAAGGAAUCAUGCCUUAGGUACCACACAUAUGUGCCUUCGGUUACAAGCAUUUAGCACAUAGCAUGCUAACAUCACUACGAGUGAUACCACCUCGGAAAUGGAAGCAUUUGUAUUCGGAAUU